CUACCGUGGACCUAAUUAAGGGUGCAAGGUUGAAGAUGUUCUCCCGUCGCAACAUCACAGCUCCUUUCGGCAUCGCCCACUGUCGUCGCUAUGGUCAACCACGGACGUUCAGGAGGAUGCGUUACAUGCAAAACACGACGCGUCAAAUGUGAUGAAGCGAGGCCCGAAUGCCAGUCAUGUCAGCGCCUCAGCCUUCGCUGCGGAGGCUACAAGACGAAGCCCGUCAGGAUUCGAUUCAAAGACCAGAACCCUAAGUUCUUCUGCACCAAAUCGGCUCCAAGAAAAGCCCUUCAGGAUCGGUGCUCAGUGCCCGAUAAAUUGCGAUCGUUAGCCCAACCCGACCCUGCCGUCCCCUUCUUCCUUCAGCAUUAUGCCAUCAUGGGCCGUGACAUGGAGUCGACCCGCGGCUUCUUCGAGAUAUUGGUUCCGGUAUAUGGCGCCCAGCGGCAGGACUCGGCGCUCUCGCUCGCGGUGUCAGCCGUAGCUUCGGAGAUCCUGUCGCUUUGGCGACACGGCAGCAGCUCCCGAGCGUCACAGGAGACUUAUACCCAGGCCCUAAAGGGUCUUCGACGGACAAUGCAGGAUCCUGGUGAAUGGGGAAAGCCAGAGACCAUGCUAGCCGUGUUAGCGCUUCAAUUCUAUGAGAAUCUGGCCGUGAUCUACGGCCGUCACUCCUCCACGAGGGCGCAUCACGACGGGGCAGUCUCUUUGCUCCCAUUUGCAAGUUCAGAUGAUAAACAUGGGGCUAUCAGCGCAUACAUCCAGAGAUAUAUCAUCCAUAGCGAGAUCUCCUCGGCGAUACGCCAAAAAAGGCUGCUGCGGAGCACCGCACACUCGUGUCUGGGGAGCAAAGGACCCUUAGCGGCUCCAGCGAGUCUAAUCUCUACACUCGAUACAAUCAGUGCGUCUGUUGCCGAGUUACAGGCAAGUUAUUCGCUAACAGCACGAAAUGGCUUCGUGUCUUCGUCGGAGAUAAUUCCCAGAGAUUGGAGGGCCGAGGCCAAGUGCAUUGACGAACAGCUCCUGGCUUGGGCGCAGAAUGUACCGGAACAUUGGCAGCCGCUGAGACUCAGUAGUGGACGAGACAUCGAUCCGUCGAUCCCGACCUAUGAAUCUGUCUGCGAGGUCUAUCUUUCCUGUCAGAUUGGGACACUGUGGAAUGAAUGGCGCGUGCAACGCCUAUUACUCGUCAAGAUCAUCCUCAGCUCGCUUAGUGCGAAUCCAAUGUCAGAGGCUUCUGAGUGCUUAGAGAAUGCGGAUCUUGCCAACUACAAGCACAACCUCCAAGACCUCGUGGACUCGGUGUGCUACAGCGUGCCGUUCUACCUUGGCAAUCAGGCCGGAUACCUGAGCAUAGCCGACUUCACCGAUCCAGCGAUCUUGCUUCCUAGCUACCACUUACUAGCCUCGGUGUGUAAAUCAGGUUGUAACCAGCGAAGGCCCAACCCGCAGGUGUCAGAAGAGGAGCACAGAAGCCACAUCAUCGCUCAAGGGCCGUGGCACAUCAUGAAUCCGCUGAGUCGUCUGUUGACGUUCUUCUGGGAGGAUCACGGUCAAGCCAUGGCCAUGGCAUCGUUGCUCAGACCUGGACAGCACGAGUGGAUCCGCGAGCAGUUCCUGCGUGUCACUAUCCUGCUUCGUAUUCCACUGGCUGACGGUGCUGAUGUUGAAGGGACAUUGUACCCUUUCGACUCGUCUGCUCAGGGGAAUGUAGACAGCAGGGUUGAACAUCUGGCGAAGAGGAUCAGGAAGGGCGCGUUUCUAUAAAUUGCUCUUAAGGGGAUGCUACGGCUACCAUGUAAAACUCCAACGAUCCACAUUAUAUUGUUCUGAUUGAAAUAA